AUGGUUCUCAAUCAUCAUAUCGCAACCAAAAAAGACGUUCGAACGCCGAAAAUCAGCCUUGCAAGACUCGAUGCGUUCAGACUACGAGAUCUCCGUGGUUCCAAUGCUCCAAAAUUCAAUAUUCAAGCGCAUUUUCCUCCAACCACAAACAUGACCUCAUAUAAUAAAGAGGUUCAAUUAAUCCUAGCUGUUGAGGCUGCCAAAUAA